AACAAUAAUAAGAGUCAGUCGGGGAAUGUCCUGCGAAGUUUUUCCCCAACAUGUUGUCAACUCCUGCCCACUGAGACAAGGACACUGCGGCACGCACGUCUGCGGGGGAAGUGCGGCGGACCCCCGGUCGGAACGGAACGCUUGCACGCUAAAUGAAUCCAAGCCGCCGUCGUCGCCUGAGCGUCUCUGUCAAUGAGUCACGGCACUGAUGAGCUGUUCAACUGUCCAGCUCCACCAAUCGCAGCAUCACACUCGGUGAAUGUUAGUGUCUUGUAUCUGAGCAUCUAGUCCGCCGCCUCAACAGAACCCCUUCAUCACUGUGAUUUAAACCUGGGACAGACCACACCACUGACUUCAGUACCUCCUAUACCAGCUUCAAGCCACUAUGUCUUAGCUUAUAGCAGCACAGCUCCCCUCCCUGAUCACCCUGUCCUUUGGAACCCAGUCCCUCACCUCACCCUCCUCCCUUCCGCCGUCCCUCAUCUCCUUUCCUGAUGUGGUAAUUUCUGAUCGUGACACCAGCAGCGCCCCUUCCGGCGCGAUGAGCAGCCUGCACCAGCAACACCAUGGCAGCGCAGGCUCAGAGCGAGAUCUUCAUUCUGCCACCUCCACCGUCAGCCUCCCUUCGGUCAGAAAGACCCCCAAGAAGCGGCGUCUGUCCCUCCACUCGCUGUUUGGCCGACGGCGACGGCCCGACCGCGACCCCAAGCGCAAAUCCAGGCCUCCGCAGGCUGGAGCCGGAGUGGACGGCACUGUCAGCACUGAAAUUGUGCAGUCAGAGAUUCUCCAGGAUAAAACCUCUUCCCACUCGGCGCCAAGCGUAGCAUCAACUUCGUCAGUGUCGGGGUCUUCAUCGGAGCUACUGGAGUGCCCCCUGUGCCUACUGCGCCAUGCUCGCGAUCGCUUCCCCGACAUCAUGACCUGUCACCACCGCUCCUGUGCAGACUGCCUGCGACAGUAUCUGCGCAUCGAGAUCUCGGAGUCGCGCGUCAACAUCAGCUGCCCUGAGUGUUCCGAGCGCUACAACCCCCACGAUAUCCGCAUGAUCCUGGGAGACCGAGCCCUCAUGGACAAGUAUGAAGAGUUCAUGCUGAGGAGGUGGCUGGUGGCUGAACCUGACUGCCGCUGGUGUCCUGCCCCGGACUGUGGCUACGCAGUCAUUGCGUUCGGCUGUGCCAGCUGCCCAAAGAUCACCUGUGGACGCGAGGGCUGUGGGACAGAGUUCUGCUACCACUGCAAACAGCUGUGGCAUCCCAACCAGACGUGUGACACGGCACGGCAACAGAGGGCGCAGAGCCUGCGGCUGAGGAGUUUCAGGUCCUCCUCCCUCAGCUAUAGUCAAGAGAGUGGAGCUGCAGGCGAUGACAUCAAGCCAUGUCCCCGGUGUGCUGCCUACAUCAUCAAGAUGAAUGAUGGGAGCUGUAAUCACAUGACCUGCGCUGUCUGCGGCUGUGAGUUCUGCUGGCUCUGCAUGAAGGAGAUCUCUGACUUGCACUAUUUAAGUCCGUCAGGCUGCACCUUCUGGGGUAAGAAGCCCUGGAGCCGAAAGAAGAAGAUUCUGUGGCAGCUUGGCACGUUGGUGGGAGCCCCGGUGGGUAUCGCCCUCAUUGCCGGCAUCGCCAUCCCCGCAAUGAUCAUCGGCAUCCCAGUCUAUGUGGGCAGAAAGAUCCAUAACCGCUACGAGGGCAAGGACAUCUCCAAACACAAGAGGAACUUGGUGAUUGCCGGUGGUGUGACGCUGUCGGUGAUUGUGUCGCCUGUAGUUGCUGCUGUCACCGUUGGAAUCGGUGUUCCCAUCAUGCUGGCCUACGUCUAUGGUGUUGUCCCGAUCUCACUGUGUCGGAGCGGCGGCUGUGGCGUGUCUGCCGGCAAUGGCAAAGGGGUGCGAAUCGAGUUUGAUGAUGAAAAUGACAACAUAGGCAGUGGGGCGGCAGCCACAGACACAACCUCGGUGACAGAGACACGUCUCAACAAUCCCAGCCUUGGAGACGGCGCGAGCGUCGGCGGUCUGACAGGCCUGAGUCUCAGCGUCAGCGGCAGCCACAUGGAGCGUUGUGGCAUGAGCUCCACUCAGCGGGACAACAUGUCCGACAAUGCCAGCACCACAGCCCUCGCUGGGACCAGCAUCACCGGCAGCCUGUCUGGCAGCUGCUACAACAGGAUGGAAGUGCAGGCUGACGUCCAGAAGGAGCGUUGCAGUCUGAGCGGAGAGUCGGCCACGGUCAGUCUCGGAACGAUCAGUGACAACGCAAGCACAAAAGCCAUGGCAGGAUCCAUCCUCAGUGCCUACAUGCCCCUGGAGAGAGACAACAGUCUGGAUGUUCAGGUGGACGAGGAGAAGGUGAGACACUUGAGUGCCAGCAGCAGUCUGGAUGAAGCCAGCUGUAGCAGCAGCACUGCUGGCCUCAAAGAAGCUAGCGGUGUGCCGUGCUCAUGCCCCUCCGCCUGCUGCUAUACUCCGCACGACAGCCACUGCUGCCCCUCGUCUCCCUGGGCGAAGGAACCCUCCACCUCAGGGGGCAGAAAGAAAAAUAUUUGGAGAAGAGCUAGAGGCAGCAAAGGAGACACAAAAAUGAAUUCAGCACAAGGAGAUAUGGAUGCUCAGCUCCUGGAGCAGCGCAGCACUAACUCCUCUGAGUUUGAAUCGCCGUCCCUGAGCGGCAGCCUCCCGUCUGUGGCCGACUCGCACUGCAGCCACUUCUCCUCAGAGCUCUGCUGCUCUGACCAGGAAACCCCAAGAACAGCUCAUCCACCUUCCUCCGCGCCAGCGGACCCCCACGCUCAUCAUCCCGCCGCGGCCUUCACACCCAUGCCUGAGGUGGAGAACGACCACCCUGAGCAUUAUCCCUCUCAGAGCAGCCGCGUGGCCUUCACCCACCGUCUGCUGUCUGCAUCUCCACCCGCCUCGCCGAUAGGCGGGAGCAGUGGGACGUUUCUGUACAUCAGCGAGGGGAGUGUUGGCGACGUCACGGCCGACCUGGAGCUAGGCGAAGACGAGAGCAUGAAAGAGACCACAGAUAACACUGCUGCGGAGCCUGUAAGCCCGACGAGCACGCGCUGUAUACAAACCGAUAUCUGAAACAACACUUCACCGCUGCUAGCUCAGUUUUAGCCUCAUCACCUACUUACACUCUUAAGAGAAGCAGCCGAUUAAUCUUUUGGAAGCUGGUGGUCAAGUUUGAUAUUAUAUUAUCUUUUGUAUCUGCUGCGGAGGCAGGAAGUAUUAUGUGAAUGUGAGACAGUACAGUUACAGGCAGGUUUGAGGUCUGAGUUGUAGAGAGAUUUGUGAAUAAAGUGAACAGUAACAUCAUGGUUUAAUGAUGUUAUUCAGUGACACGACAAGCGGACUUGUGACGCUGGAGCAGCAAGGCCUUUCGACGGUAGCGCUGAAUGUAUGUGAGCAGGUGUAAAGAAGGUAAUCCGUGUGGUGAGAUACUACAGAAGGCUGUUGAUCUGUUCAGCUAUCAGGAUAAUUUUUAGUCUAUACUGGUCGAUUCUCUGAAUCCAGCCUCUUUCCUGAAGCGAUCUGAAGCGGGGUGGGGGCGAGAAAAAAGUCUGAUAUUAUCUUUUUCUGUAGUAAAUUGAGCUGCUAUUAUAAAGCAUCGCCUGUUCUCCUUUCGUCACGCCUGCAAACGUCCGAUUUCCUUCAGGGUUUGCAUGAGUGGAGAUGCCAUCACUGUGGUCCACCGCUGUGCCACCACUUCAGGCUGUGACUUUUUGAUGGUGAGAGACGCCACACACAGCUAAAGGAUUGUUGGACCGUCUGUCUUUUCUUGACACCUAAGCGGGACCAGUCCGUACAGUAGAUUUUAUUUUUCCAAAAUGAUCCAUAAAGAAGUGAUUAUUAUUUGUUUUUGUUUAAAAUGUGACUCCGUGUUUUUUGUUCUCUGUGUUCGCUUAUUUGUAUUUUCCAUUUUUGGGAAGUUGGUUUUAAUAUUGAAGCCCUGUGUUGGGGCUUUUUUUUUUUUUUGUAAAAAUCUGGUGAGAAUUGUGUUGAUGGACUGAGAGACGAACUGAUGUAGCCCUCCUUCAUCUUUUAGCUAUUGUUCAUUUAGUCCCUGUCUGCAGUGAUAAAAACAUGUCUGUGGUUGCACCUGUGCAAAUAUAACAAAUUUCUCACUGCCAUUUUUAGUUUAUAAUUUAAUAAGGAGAUAUUUAUUCAAAUAAUUAAUUUCAAGUUAUUCCCUGUAAAUGGAGAAAUGCAGAAAAACAACAAUUUCUGUUAUUUGAAAGUGUAGCAUUUCUUAAAAGUUAUAGGGCUCGUCACUAAAACUUGAACCCCAUCCAAACUGUGUAUUUGCAAUAAGAAAAUUAAAUCUUCUAACAUACUUCAGUUGUGCAAUGUGAAACUCCUCUUCAUAUAUCAGUGGUUUAAUAUUCACUAGUGAAUGUACCGUAAUGAUGCUCCAUCUUUGAUUCUUCCUCACUAAUAAUCUAAAUCAAAAUAUUAUUUUUGAUUCAGAGCUUUGGGUGUAUUUUAACUACAAUAUGUUUAAGGUCAUUUCUUAAACCCUUGAUCGAUGCAAAUAAUUUUGUAUUUGUUGGACCCACAGUGCCUUUCAGGGGGGAUCCUUUGUAAAGUGUUUUUUUUUUUUUUAUCUUUUCAUUCCCUCAUUCUGUGUGUCUUCAAAUGAUAAACAUAAAAAUCACAAGAGUGGAUAAUGUUUGCCUAAAAGUCGGGGGGGGGGGCAGACCGACCAGACAAGUCAUGACAAUACAACAUUGUACUAGACCUUGUUCGGGGGCACUACUUUAAACCUCCAGACCAAAAUGUUUGUUUGGGCUUUUAGGAACAAUCAUUUUCUUUAAGUAGCCAAAGUUGAAAUUGACGUGCCUGUAGUUGGAUUAGUCGGCACGUGUUGGCAAUAAAACCCUUUUUAUCCAAAGCAGUCAGCCUCACGAGUGUCUGAGUGCAGUGAUACUAAAAACUACAUUUUGUGUUGAGCAGCUUCAGUGAGUUAAAAAGGGUGACUCAAAGUUUUGGUGCAACACAAGUGUCUCCAGCUGCAGGACAGUCCCACCUUGUUUGUGUUCCUUCUAUUAAAAAAAAUAAAAUGUCUAAUUCCUGUGAGUUUUAUAUUAUUAUUUGGAGACUAGUGCCAGGUCAAAUUUUUCGAGUUGGCCAAAAUCAGCGCAUGCUAUUUGGAAUAAAAAAUUAUAUAUUUCUUAAUUAUUUGCAUUACAAUGUGCAUGUUGAUGCAUAUCCCUAAACAAUAAACUUCUCAAUCAAG